AUGCCGUCGAAAGGUUGGUUUUUGAAAGAAUACGUUUCGCGCACAAUUUUUAGAACUUUUUUUCAAAAAGAGCUCUAGGCAUUUUCAUCAAUAAUUUUGAACUCAAACUGAGAAAUAAGCCUGACAUGAUGCUUUUUUCGCUUCUCAAUUUUUUCAACGUUGCAGAUAUUUUAUCGAUAAUUCUGUUCAUCAGUGUCAUCAGUUUUCAAUUUAUUCAAGCCGCUGAAGUGGUUUGUGAUGGACAUGAGUUGAGUGCUGAUAAAGAUGAAGAACUCGAAAAUCUCACCGAGAAAAAAUGCACCGUCGUCAAAGGAAAUAUUAUUCUUCGAAACUUGAAAAAACCCGUCAAAAGCACAUGUUUUUUGACGGUUCGUCAAUUGGAGGGAAGCUUGAUUAUUGAGAACACUGAAAAUCUUCACAAUUGGGUCAAUCUUCAAAACUUGGCAAUUAUUAAUUCGGGAAAUGAGCCGGCUUUGAUUAUCAAAAAUAAUAUCAAUCUGAACUUGGGAAUUGGCGCAAAAUUGCGAUCUGUUGAAAGCCAAAAUAAAUAUACUUAUAUUAUCUUGAAUAAUCAAAAUGCUCCAAUCGAUAUCAAUACAUAUAAUAUUCUUCAUUAUGCCACAACUACUAGAGCUGCUUUUUUGAUUGAUUCGUUCAUUCAAGUUGAACAAUGCCGUAAAGAAUGUAAGAAUUUUUGUUUAAUUUUUUUGUUUGUGACUAAAUUUUAUUUUUACAGUAUUCAAAUGGGUUUCAAUUGUCUUGGCUGGUGUUGUCGCAUUCGUUAGUGGAGGUUUGAUUAUUAUCGCGUGUUAUGGAAGAGAAGUUCCCCAAAAACUUUGA